AUGAUCAAGUCCAGACCGGCUUAUUUUCUUUCAAAGCCCCCGUUAUUCCCUCGCACUGGUAUUUUAAGAGACUCCUGGAACCUUGAAGCACAGCCUUCCACCUCAAGUCACGGCGUGCUCAUUGCAGCAUUGAUCCACAAGCCCUUUCCCAUCGGGCUCGAUUGCGUUCAAAAUCUCGAGCAUGUCUUUGCCCACCACAUCCGCCACGGGCCGACCGGCGAUUUUUCCGCAGGGGCGCAGAUUCCCUUUAGACAAACAGUUGUGAAACCCAACAGCGCCGGGUCCACGUUCACCACGGCGAUCGGCUUAGUGGGCCAGAUUCGUGAUCAUGGACACACCAAAUGGGUCGGGUACAACCAAGGCGGCGCCGAGGGCGGAGCAGACGACGCUGGCCGAUGGCCAGAUCUACUUUGUCUCGACCGGGCAGUUCAACAAUGCCGAGUUGGCUAG